UCUUGUUACAUGCCUGUUGCUUUAGCUAACGUUGCCUGUGCGUUUUUAUUUAGCAUUAGUGUUAGCGUAAUUUUACUCUACGGUUAGCUAGCGUCUGGCGCAGACAUGCGACCGUUAACUAGUGACUAGCCCAGCAGGUGCAGCAGCCACCAGCCUCGGCUACUAUGACGUGAAAUGUUGAUUUGGCAAAAAUGAACAAACCUAAAAUGACCACAGAGAAAGGUGUUCCCAGUAACUCCAAGGUACUGAUGCUCUUGGCUCAACUGGAGAGGAUUAAUGGAGAGGCCACGGUGAAGGAUGCUGAAACAGCACGGCAGGUCACUGCAAAGAUACUUCAUCUCAUACAGACACAGGAGAAGAGUGGAAAGGAGGUGAUGUCCAAGGGUUCCAGUGGUAUGGAGGUCAUCCUGGCUUCUCUGAAGAACUUCUGGGAUGUCCAGACCACCCUGAACAUCCUGUACAUUCUCAGUGAGCUGCUGACUGUGGGCAGAGGUCGCAGGGUGGGGGUAUUUGUGUCUAAAGGAGGAACGGGAAUAUUAUUCCAGCUUCUGAUCACUGCCAGUAAAGAAUUGCCUCCCAAUGAAGAACUCAUGCUGCAGCUUCACUCGCUACUGGCCAAGGCUGGCCCAAAAGACAGAAAGUUUGGAGUGAAGGCGCGUUUGAGCGGAGCUCUGCAUGUCACAGUCAACUUACUGAAAGAGAACCUACAGAAUACCAAACUGCUUCUGCCCUGCCUCCAGGUUCUCAGGGUUUACUGUGCCAACUCGGUGAAUGCUAUUUCUUUGGGCAAGAAUGGAGCAGUGGAGCUCAUGUUCAAGAUUGUCGUGCCUUACAGCAAGAAGAACACAAGUCUGCUCAAGGUAGCUCUGGAUGCACUGGGAGCACUGCUCAAAUCCAAAACAAAUGCUCACCGUGCAGUGGAUGGCAGUCUUGUUCCUGUCUUACUUGCACUGUACUUGGAUUGGCAUCGCAAUGACACACGGCAUCGCCAUAUGCAGAUUCGCAAAGGGUUGUUGGUCUGUCUCAGGAACAUUACCAACAUCAAACUUGGCAGGAAAGCAUUCAUAGAGGCUGAUGGCAUGAGAAUCCUCUACAUAACUUCCACUGAGUGUCUCCCAGUUCGGACUCUGGAUCCUCUGGUCAACACGUCAAGUCUGAUCAUGAGAAAGUGUUUUCCUAAGAACCGUCUGCCUCUGCCUAGCAUGAAAUCGACCUUCCACUACCAGCUGCCACACAUACCAGCUGCAGGACCUGUGGCACAGCUGUAUAGCCAGCUCCCUGGGGUGGAUGAUGUGGCGGAUGAUGUGGUGGAUGAAAGUGACGAUAACGAGGAGACAGAGGCAGACACAGAGAAUGAUACUGAGAACGAGGAGGAUGAGAAGGAUCAUCGUGCUGUGAAUGAUGACAUAGAGACAGACCUAAACAAGCUACAUCCCAAAAGAAGUCCUGGCCGUCCGUUUGAGGAGUUGAGGGUCUAUGAGAGGUUUUUUCUGGAGCUAUCUGAAGACUUUCAGGUGUAUAACUCUGAAUAUUCAAAGAGUUCAUCUACAGUGUCUUCAUCAUCAUUGUUCUCCUCAUCAUCAGCCUCAUAUCGAUGCACUCAGCCAGUCAUAGUGCCCACAGCUCAAGCCCUGUCACCAAAGCAUGUCCCUGUAGCAAGGUCUCAGGAGGAAUAUAACUCUACCAAAGGACAACACACUCAGCUGUCUCCUUCUGCUUCCACUCCUCCCCCUGCUCCUCUAACACCACUCGAACUAGACACCAUCCACCUCACCAAGGACCAAGACAAAAAAGAGGAAAACCGCAUUCCUUCCACAGAUGGACUUACAACCUUGUCCUCCCCCAUCAGGCCUCCUCCUCAAGGACAGAGUAUAGAACAGGAACUAGCACAUGUGUUAGAGUGCGUCUCUCUAGAAGAGGAGCUGGCUCAGAAUGCAGAAGAAAGAAUAAAGGGAGUCCGACAAGAAGACUCUCCAGUCAGUGCCACAAGACACAUACAGUCUCCUCUGCUCUUGGGAGGUAUCACGGCAUGUUGUGUGGGAGGAGGAGGCAGUAACUUGGGUUCAGAUUGUGGCUCUGAGGGUCCUGAGGAUGAGGGAGGGGAAGGAGGAGUUUUGGAGGUACCGGACACAGCUCUCCUUCUUCCACUGCAUGACCCUGACCUUUAUGUGGAGAUGGUGAAGGGAACACACUCGGUGCCAAAGUACCUUGAAGUGGCUUACCCAGAUUACUUUGGCCAUGUAGCCCCAACAUUUAGGGAACCCCUUCUGGAGAGAGUUUAUGGUGUACAGAGGUCUAAGAUAUUCCAGGACAUUGAGAGGUUGAUUCAUCCUAAUGAUAUCCUGGAUAAAGUUGUUUAUGACUUGGAUGUUCCUAGCUGUCCCGUGAUUGAAGACGAUGGUGAAUCACUGAAGUUCAACUCUCAAUUUGAGUCUGGAAACCUCAGGAAGGCAGUUCAGGUUAGGAAAUAUGAGUAUGACCUUGUGCUGAAUUCAGACAUCAACAGUAAUCACUACCACCAGUGGUUCUACUUUGAGGUGAGCGGCAUGCGGGUUGGAACUACUUACCGCUUCAACAUCAUCAAUUGUGAGAAGUCAAACAGCCAGUUCAACUACGGCAUGCAGGUGCUUAUGUACUCUGUGCAGGGGGCGAUCAGCGGUAGGCCUUGCUGGGUCCGAACAGGAACAGACAUCUGUUACUACAAGAAUCAUUUUGCGAGGAGUUCCAUUGCAGCUGGUGGUCAGAAAGGAAAGUCCUAUUACACAUUGACCUUCAGCACAAGUUUCAGCCAUAAGGAUGAUGUCUGCUACUUUGCCUAUCAUUACCCUUAUACAUACUCAACUCUUAAGAUGCACCUGUCCAAACUGGAGGCUUUGAGGACCCCUCAGAUCUACCUAAGACAGGACGUUCUGUGUGAAACCCUGGGGGGAAACGCCUGUCCCCUUCUCACCAUCACUGCCAUGCCGGAGUCCAACUCCACUGAUCACAUCUGUCAGUUCAGGAAUCGUCCAUUGAUCUUCCUAUCAGCCAGAGUGCACCCUGGAGAGACCAACGCAAGCUGGGUAAUGAAGGGCACGCUGGAGUUCCUGAUGGGCACCAGCCCACUGGCAGCCAGCCUGAGAGAGUCCUACAUCUUCAAGAUAGUCCCCAUGCUCAACCCUGAUGGAGUUGUAAAUGGGAAUCAUCGCUGUUCUCUGAGCGGAGAGGAUUUGAAUCGCCAGUGGCAGAACCCCAGUCCUGAGCUCCACCCCACCAUCUACCAUACUAAGAGCCUGCUGCAGUACCUUGCUCACAUACAAAGGGCUCCACUGGUUUUCUGCGACUACCAUGGUCAUUCCAGAAAGAAGAAUGUGUUCAUGUAUGGCUGCAGUGUGAAGGAGACAGUCUGGCAGACCAAUAUCUGUGCUGCAUCCAGUGAUCUACAUGAAGACCUUGGAUACAGGGCGCUUCCUAAGAUCCUCUCUCAGAUUGCUCCAGUCUUCAGCAUGGCUAGCUGUAGUUUUGUUGUGGAGCGCUCCAAAGAGUCGACCGCCCGCGUUGUUGUAUGGAGAGAGAUAGGAAUACAGCGCAGCUAUACCAUGGAGAGUACGCUCUGUGGAUGUGACCAGGGCAAAUAUAAGGGUCUUCAGAUUGGCACCAGAGAGCUGGAGGAGAUGGGAGCUCAGUUCUGUUUGGGUCUGCUGAGGCUAAAGAGGCUGACAGGGCUCCAUAACCACCAACACCUGCUGGAUUUGGAGAGUGACAUCACUGGGACACAGUCUAAAGUAGUCAUCUGCCCCACGACCUAUGUGAUGGAGGAAGAUGAGCCGUCCAUUCUGGAGGCGAUAGAUUACAGCGCAGAGAGCAACGAUGAGGACGCAGAGCCUGAAAACGAGCAUGGCAGCGAAGUCCAUGAGAAUCCUGAUCACUUCGAUCAGCUGUCGGAUUCUGAGACAAAUCACAGGGUCUGACGCUGAGAUAGAUUGAUUUUGCUGACCCAGCGGAGGUGAUUGUGUUGCUCCUGAAGGUGCGUACACCACCUGCCUUUUGUUUCAGAUUGGUUGAUGCCCUCAGUAAGAAGCAAGUUGGAUUUCAAAGGAUGCUUCCAGCUUUCACCAUUGUAUAAAGCCUUCAUGAAGUGAAACCCCUAACUUCGGACACAGUUCACACAUAGCUAGCUAGUGCAGCAACAGCAGGUACCUUAAUGAUCUUGCACUGAAGCUAUCUGACAAGGCUGCUGUGGUAUAACAGAAGCAGUGGCUUCUGUAGCUACAGUGUUUGAAGCCCCUCUCACCUGUGAUGCUGUU